CUGCACACCAGCCCCCAGGAUGAAGCUCCUGCGUGGCUGAGUCAGUGGGAGCAUCCUCUCAUUGAGGAGACGGCAUCUUCCUUCUCCAGUAGCCUCUCCUUUGUUGAAAACAAUGAAGCACCCCAACAGUGGAAUCUGAGCUCCUCUGAUAUGAAACGGUUAUUGUCAGAUUCCCAGUCAACCACCAGUGAAGAGGAUUCCCACAGAGAUGAUGGGAAAUCUGUGAGGAAAAGAUCGAGGUGCUCUUUAGAACUCUUGCUGCGAUCUAAAAAAAGACAAAAAGAGUUCAUCCCAGAGAAGAAGAAGAAGAUAAAGAUGGACACAGAUGUUUCAGAUUCUCCCAAAGAGGCUCAAAACGUGGCUUCAACUAACACAAAGGAAGACAGGCCUCAGAGGAAAAGGACCAGAGAAACAUUUACAAGAAGCAGCAGUCCAGAGACCAGUUCCUCACCAAGAAAGAGGAUGAGAAUGAUGAUGCCUGAGGAUUCCCAAACAUCAGGCUCUGAGGUGAAAAUCAAACCUCAGAAGAAAAGAAAAAGGGACUCUGCAGAGACCCAGUUUGAAAACAGGAGUCCAGACACCAGCUCUCCGGAGAGGAAAACAAGGAAAAUGGGUCUUCUUCAGGCAUCUCAGCAGGAUCCAUGUGAAGCUGCAUCCUCUGAGGUUACACUUAAACCUCGGAGGAAGAGAACAUUGGAAACUUUUACAGUUCCACAGUUUGAAAGCCGCCUGGAAAGAUUAAUGCCAAAGAAGAAGAAAAUGAAGCUGGACAAAGAUUUAGUCAAAGCUAAAACAGAUUCUCCCAAAGAGGCUCAAAACGUGGCUUCAACUAACACAAAAGAAGACAGGCCUCAGAGGAAAAGGACCAGAGAAACAUUUACAAGAAGCAGCAGUCCAGAGACCAGUUCCUCACCAAGAAAGAGGAUGAGAAUGAUGAUGCCUGAGGAUUCCCAAACAUCCGGCUCUGAGGUGAAAAUCAAACCUCAGAAGAAAAGAAAAAGGGACUCUGCAGAGACCCAGUUUGAAAACAGCCUGGAAAGAUUAAUGCCAAAGAAGAAGAAAAUGAAGCUGGACAAAGAUUCAGUCAAAGCUAAAACAGAUUCUCCCAAAGAGGCUCAAAACGUGGCUUCAACUAACACAAAGGAAGACAGGCCUCAGAGGAAAAGGACCAGAGAAACAUUUACAAGAAGCAGCAGUCCAGAGACCAGUUCCUCACCAAGAAAGAGGAUGAGAAUGAUGAUGCCUGAGGAUUCCCAAACAUCAGGCUCUGAGGAGUCCAGACACCAGCUCUCCGGAGAGGAAAAAAAGGAAAAAGGGUCUUCUUCAGGCAUCUCAGCAGGAUCCAUGUGAAGCUGCAUCCUCUGAGGUUACACUUAAACCUCGGAGGAAGAGAACAUUGGAAACUUUUACAGUUCCACAGUUUGAAAGCAGCUCAGGCCAUGGCUCUCCGGAGAGGAAGAGAAGAAAGAUUGGCUUUCUUGGUGUGUCCCAACGGGAUCGAUGUGAAGCUGCAUCAUCUGAGGUUACAGUUAAACCUCGGAGGAAGAGAACGUUGGAUGAUUUGACAGAUGCUCCACGUGGAAGCAGCUCAGGCAGCUGUUGGAAGAGAAAGAAGAAAAAAUCGGGCUAGGACAGGAAGCAGCUGCGCCCAGUGUGGAGGGCUGAAAGGACCAGAACUUCAUGAAGAGGAUGUAGAAGAUGGUAUCAGUAUUGCAGGUUUACAACCUGCACAGGUGGUAGCACACACUCACACA